CUAAUGUUAAGCGUGUCGAGUUAGCAGAUCGGACUGAUCAGCCUCCUGGUCACGACGCAAUUUCCUUUUAGUGCCACUUCCCCAAGAAGAGCAGAAGCUGGAUAAUUGAACGGUUUUGUGUUCUGAUCUGGGCUGGAAAAUGCCGAAGAAGAAGACAGGGGCUCGUAAGAAGGCUGAAAACCGUAGGGAACGAGAAAAGCAGAGUCGCGCCAACAGGGAACAUGUUGAUGUGGCCAAACAGCCCUGCAACUCUUCUAUGGAAUGUGACAAGUGUCAAAGACGACAGAAAAACAGAGCCUUUUGCUACUUUUGUAGUUCGGUGCAGAAGUUGCCAAUGUGUGCCCAGUGUGGAAAGACUAAAUGUAUGAUGAAGUCAUCCGACUGUGUGAUUAAACAUCCAGGGAUACACAGCACUGGUCUGGCAAUGGUGGGGGCAAUCUGUGACUUCUGUGAGGCGUGGGUUUGCCAUGGGAAGAAGUGUCUGAGCACACACGCCUGCAUCUGCCCGCUUUCUGAUGCAGACUGCAUUGAAUGUGAAAGAGGAGUUUGGGAGCAUGGAGGAAGGAUAUUCCGAUGCUCCUUCUGUCAGAAUUUCCUGUGCGAAGACGAUCAGUUUGAACACCAGGCCAGCUGUCAAGUGCUGGAGGCAGAAACAUUUAAGUGCAUUUCCUGCAAUCGUUUAGGGCAACACUCUUGCCUUCGUUGCAAGGCUUGCUACUGUGAUGAUCAUGCUCGCAGUAAAGUUUUUAAGCAAGAGAAAGGCAAAGCUCCACCCUGCCCAAAGUGUGGCCAUGAAACACAGGAAACCAAAGAUCUCAGCAUGUCCACACGCUCUUUGAAGUUCGGCCGUCAGAGUGGAGCGGAAGACGGAGCCUCCGGGUAUGACGCCUACUGGAAAAACCUGGCCUCCGGAGGAGGGGGCCUUGGAGGAGACAACGAUUAUGAAGAGGAGGAUGGAGAUGACUACGAUGAUGAUGAGGAGGACGAAGAGGAGGAUGAGGAGGACAAGGAGUCUGAUACUGAGGUAUCUGAACCCUUCUCUGACCUCAACCUUGGAAGGACCUAUGCCAGUGGGUAUGCCCACUAUGAGGAAUCCCAGGACUGAAGAAAAAAGUAGUUUUCAUUGAGUGCUUUGAUGAGUACCAUGUUAAAUUUGUUUGAGUAGUAGUGUGCAGUCUUUGGAUUAUGCAGUACGUUUUUCCACAAAAUCUUUACAUCUUUGCUAAAAAACUGUGCAAAUAGUACUGUUGUUUCUUUUAAAAACUUAAUAAACUAUAAGUUGUAGUAAUUA